AUGACUUCUACCAACGACUCCAUUCUCCCAGGCGGGAACAACCGGAAAUGCAGCGAUGAACGUUGGUCUUGGGGAAUGACAUUUGGGUGCCAUCUUCAAAAGAAUUUUCUCAAAUACAUUGCUGGCCUCUUGAUUUUGGGUCUCGUCGGCGAAUCCGUCUACAUCUACCGCGUCGAUAUGGGAUUGGCCCACAUACCCAACGAUCUGUAUGACAUGCGGUUUGGACAUGACAUUGGCCACAAUAGCCCAGAAAUAUGGGAUGCGGACCGCCAGUCCUUUCUCCGACAUGCUCGUCCCGUGCCAGUUCACUCGCACAAUGACUACAAGCGCCGAAUUCCUCUUUUUGAAGCACUUGGCUCUGGAUGUAUCAGUGUUGAAGCCGAUGUUCAUUUACGCGGGUCUAAUCUUCUUGUUGGACAUUCAAAAGCAGGCCUCAGUGACGAUAGAACCCUUCAGUCGCUAUACCUCGAACCCCUACAACGCAUCUUGGAGGCACAGAACGCUCAACUGACUGGCAGGGCUUGGCGCGGCGUCUUUAACCGCGCCCCGGAGCAUACAUUGAUCCUCGUCAUUGACCUCAAGACUUCAGGGAAAGAGACAUUUGAUGAGGUAGAUGCUCAAUUGCAGCCAUUGAGAGAUCUCGACUACCUCACAUACUGGAAUGGUAAAGGGAGGGUCAUGCGACCCCUGACAGUUGUGGCGACCGGAAAUACACCUUUCAGCUCUGUCCUUGCCAUGAAUGCAACCCACAGAGACAUCUUUUGGGACGCCAAGCUUGAGCAACUCGUGUCUGUUGAGGAUGAUUUUACGACAGCUCCGCCCAAGUACAAAUACAACAUCUCGAAUUCAUAUUUGGCAUCGACGAGAUUCCGAAACGCCAAACUAUUCAGACCUGCAAAUGAUUCUGCCCUGCACGGGGAGACGGAGCGACAGAAAGACAGGGCAUCAACACAGAUUGAACAAGCAGAAUCCCGCGGUCUACUGGCCCGAUACUGGGAUACGCCUUCUGACCCUCCAAAUGUUCGAGAGAUUGCGUGGAGAGUCUUGGUUGAUAGAAAGAUUGGACUCUUGAAUAUGGACGACUUGGGCACUGUAAGAGCAAGGGCAAAGGGCUGGGGCGAGUUGCAGAAAGAGUUGCGUUGA